AUGUCACGCCAUGCUCCCCACGCUGUGGCCCUGCUGAUGCUGCUGUGCUGCGCCAGCGGGUGCCUUGCCGCCGUCACGCAUCACUGCGAGUUUGACAGGAUUAUGAGUGCGAGGGCUUCGCAGCCGAUUGCAGUGGUGAAGGAGUUGCCGCAGCCGCAAAGAAAUGCACAAAAGGGGUACAUCGUCACUGACAACAACUGGAACUCCAUCCGCAUCGUGAUGUCCAUGAAGGAUCUUGAGGAUGCGACCAAACACUGCGUUGAUGAAGGAACUUCGCGCCCUACUUUUCAGGGCCACAACGCGGAUUGCCAGAGCUACGAUGUCGUUACCCUCAGGACGAUGACGGAGCUCACCAAGACGGUCAUCCCAGCGGCCAUCAAGCUGCAUGCGGAUCGCCUCCAAGUCCAGCGUGUGGCGCAUGCGAUGAAGAUGCCCAAGUUCACGCAGAGCGUGUGCCGCUUCUUCACGGUACCCGAAGAGCACCACAGUGAAGGCGUGCCGUAUGCCGACAUGGUGCUCUAUGUUGCUGCUGGGCCUGGGCUGACCUUUGGGGCUCCGUGCGCCACGUUGGGGGUGAACGGCCGCCCCAUCGCCGGUGCCAUGAACUUCCGCCUCUCUGACAUGCACCACCCGCAAGUUGCCGCUCGCCUCGCCGCGCACCAGAUCGCACACGCACUUGGAUUCAGCUACGGGCAGAUGGAUGCCCUCAGUAUGGUAAGCAGUGGGAUAUCUGUGCGCGGAAAGACCCACAACGUGGCGAUGGUGACAUCCAACCACACGAAGACGAUGGCCCAGAAGCACUACGACUGUGUCACUGCGAAGGGCAUGGAGCUGGAGGACGAGAGUUAUGGCGCGUAUAAGUCCCACUCACACUGGGAGCGGCGCAACGCGAAGGACGAGCUGAUGGCCCCGAUUGUCGGUGCCGGUUACUACACUGCACUGACGAUGUCUGUGUUUGAGGACAUGGGCUUCUUCCGGGCCAAUUGGGGGAUGGAGGAGCCGAUGAGCUGGGGCAGUGGGGCCGGCUGCUACUUUCUCACUCAUAAAUGCGUGGAGGGCGGUGCCACCAAGUACCCCAACAUGUUCUGCACCGAGACCACCAAUGCCAAUGCGUGGUCCUGCACAUCGGACCGAACCUCCAUGGGUUGGUGCGGAACGACCAAGGAGGUAGCUGCUCUUCCCGGACACUACCAGUACUUCGAGGAUAAGAAGACUGGCGGUUUGAGCUUGGCGCUGACGGACCACUGCCCUGUUGUGACGCUCCUGCCCUUCGGUGGAUGCAGCGAUGGUGAUUCCCACCAGGCGAUCGGGGGCCGCAUUAGCCAGAGUUCGUGGUGCCUUGAUGUGGAGGGUCUGCAGGUGUACAGUGACGGGGCUUUGUCGGAAAGCCAAAAGACUUCUGUUGGCGGCGUGUGUGCGGAGGUGCUGUGCAUCGACAGCAAGGUGCGGGUGCGGUACCUCGGCGACGAGGACUGGCACGAGUGCCCGGAGGGCGAAUCCCUCACGCCCUCCACAACAUCGCCGGGUGUUUUCGCCAGCGGCAAAAUCAAGUGCCCCAUGUACGCCGAGGUGUGCACCAUCGCUCCAAGCGGCAGGAGCCUUGUUAACCCAAAUGCUGCACUGCAGUCUCGCUCACUGAAGUCGACUGACAAAACUGUUGCCUCUGCAGGCAGCAUGUCGGCGAAGGACGUACGAUAA